UGGAGGGGCGUGGCUUUUUCAGGCCCCGCCCAGGAGGCUGCUCCCAUCUCUAACCCGCUCCUCCCCUUCCUCUCCGAAGAGUUGGCCUCGGGCCGUGUGGUGUUUUUCCCUUUGGCCUCCCUAGCUCUUGCUGCAGCUGUUGCAAAAACCCGGAGCAGCGGAACCUCAGAGCGGCGGAGCGGCGCCGUCUCUCGCGGCACCUCCCCGACAGCCCUUGGCGGCCGCGCUGGGCAUGCUCAGUCGACAGGGCCGCUUCAGUUCUUGGAGUAGGAAGCUUGGGCGCUUCGGCUGUAAGGAGCCGCGGGGGGAAAAUGGAUCCCUUUACUAACGAUCUGCUUCAGCUCCCCAGGAAUAUGAUUGAAAACAGCAUGUUUGAGGAAGAACCAGAUGUGGUAGAUUUAGCCAAAGAGCCCUGUUUGCAUCCUCUAGAGCCUGAUGAGGUGGAAUAUGAACCCCGGGGUUCACGACUGCUGGUGCGGGGUCUUGGUGAGCAUGAGAUGGAUGAGGAUGAAGAGGAUUAUGAGUCAUCUGCGAAACUGCUGGGCAUGUCCUUCAUGAACAGAAGCUCAGGCCUUCGGAACAGUGCAACCGGCUAUAGGCCGAGCCCAGAUGGGACUUGUUCCGUACCGUCUGCAAGGACCAUGGCGGUCUGUGUUUUUCUUAUUGUGCUUGCUGUUUCUAUAAUCAUGGUGAUUUAUCUACUGCCCAGAUGUACCUUUACCAAAGAAGGCUGCCAUAAAAAAAACCAAUCAAUGAGACUAAUUCAGCCACUUGCGACAAAUGGAAAGGUGUUUCCGUGGGCACAAGUCAGGCUUCCCACCACCAUUAUGCCACUACGCUAUGAACUUAACCUACACCCAAACCUCACCUCAAUGACAUUCAAGGGUUCUGUGACAAUUUCACUUCAGGCUCUUCAGGCCACGUGGAAUAUCAUUCUUCACAGUACAGGCCAUAAUAUUUCGAGAGUGACCUUUAUGUCAGCAGUUUCAAGCCAAGAAAAACAAGUUGAGGUCUUGGAAUACCCGUUUCAUGAACAAAUUGCCAUUGUUGCCCCUGAAGCCCUUCUCGAAGGACACAAUUAUACCUUGAAGAUAGAGUAUUCAGCGAAUAUAUCUAGUUCUUACUAUGGGUUUUAUGGAAUCUCCUACACAGAUGAAAGUAAUGAGAAAAAGUACUUUGCAGCAACUCAGUUUGAACCCCUGGCAGCAAGAUCUGCUUUUCCUUGUUUUGAUGAACCAGGAUUUAAAGCCACAUUUAUCAUCAGGAUCAUAAGGGAUGAGCAAUAUACUGCUUUAUCAAAUAUGCCUAAGAAUUCAUCAGUCAUCAUGGAAGACGGACUCGUUCAAGAUGAGUUUUCUGAGAGUGUGAAAAUGAGCACUUACCUUGUUGCAUUCAUUGUUGGGGAGAUGAAGAACCUGAGUCAGGAUGUAAAUGGAACCCUGGUUUCUAUAUAUGCUGUACCAGAAAAGAUUGGUCAAGUUCACCAUGCCUUGGAAACAACUGUGAAGCUUCUUGAAUUCUAUCAAAACUACUUUGAAAUUCAGUACCCGCUUAAGAAAUUGGAUUUGGUGGCUAUUCCUGACUUUGAAGCAGGAGCAAUGGAAAAUUGGGGUUUGCUCACCUUCCGAGAAGAAACACUUCUGUAUGACAACAAUACUUCUUCAGUGGCGGACAGAAAACUGGUUACUAAAAUUAUUGCUCAUGAGCUAUCCCAUCAGUGGUUUGGUAAUCUGGUCACAAUGGAGUGGUGGAACGAUCUGUGGCUAAAUGAAGGGUUUGCUACAUUCAUGGAGUAUUUCUCUUUGGAAAAAAUAUUUAAAGAGCUCUCCAGUUAUGAAGAUUUCUUAGAUGCUCGAUUUAAAACCAUGAAGAAAGAUUCCUUGAAUUCAUCUCAUCCAAUAUCAUCAUCAUCUGUUGAGUCUUCAGAACAGAUUGAAGAAAUGUUUGAUUCUCUUUCCUAUUUUAAGGGAGCUUCCCUCUUGUUGAUGCUGAAAACUUACCUCAGUGAAGAUGUAUUUCAACAUGCUGUUGUUUUUUACCUGCAUAAUCAUAGCUAUGCAUCCAUUCAAAGUGAUGAUCUGUGGGAUAGUUUUAAUGAGAUCACAAAUAAAACACUAGAUGUAAAAAAAAUGAUGAAAACCUGGACCCUGCAAAAAGGAUUUCCUUUAGUGACUGUUCAGAGAAAAGGAAGGGAGCUUCAUGUGCAACAAGAAAGAUACUUUUUAAAUACGAAGCCUGAAAUUCAACCUUCAGAUGCAAGCUAUCUCUGGCAUAUUCCACUAUCCUAUGUCACUGAGGGAAGAAAUUUCUCAAAAUACCCAUUGGUAUAUUUACUGGACAAAAAGUCAGGUGUCAUCAAUCUUACAGAAGAAGUGCAGUGGGUCAAAGUCAAUACGAACAUGAAUGGCUAUUAUGUUGUACACUAUGAGGAUGACGACUGGGAAGCACUAAUCAAACAGCUGAAAACAAAUCCUUACGUCCUGAGUGACAAAGACCGAGCCAACCUCAUCAACAACAUCUUUGAGCUUGCAGGCUUAGGCAAGGUAUCUAUUCAGAGGGCCUUUGAUUUGAUUGAUUACCUUGGAAAUGAGAACUAUACCGCACCCAUCACUGAAGCCCUGUUCCAGACCGGCCUCAUCUGUAACCUCCUUGAAAAGCUAGGAUACAUGGAUCUGGCCUCAAGAGUAGUGGCCAGGGUAUUUCAAUUACUUCGAAGCCAAAUCGAACAGCAGACUUGGACUGACGACGGCCCCCCGUCUGCCCGGGAGCUUCGGUCAGUCUUGCUCGAGUUCGCGUGCGCCCACAGCCUCGAGAACUACAGCACUGUGGCCAUGAAGCUGUUUGACGAUUGGGUGGCAUCCAACGGAACUCAAAGCCUACCUACUGAUGUCAUGAGUACUGUGUUCAAGGUUGGAGCAAAAACGGAGAAAGGCUGGUCAUUCCUGUUAAGCAAGUAUGUCUCUAUAGACUCCGAAGCAGAAAAGAAUAAAAUACUUGAAGCUCUUGCCAGCUCAGAGGAUGUACGGAAACUUUACUGGUUAAUGAAAAAUAGCCUUAGUGGCGAUACCAUCCGAACACAAAAGCUGUCUUUCAUCAUUAGAACAGUUGGCCGACACUUCCCUGGACACUUGCUGGCAUGGGAUUUUGUCAAAGAGAACUGGAGCAAGCUUGUCCAGAAGUUUCAUCUGGGGUCCUAUACCAUACAAAGUAUUGUUGCUGGGUCGACGCACCUGUUUUCAACAAAGGCGCAUUUGUCUGAGGUCCAGGCGUUCUUUGAAAAUCAGUCAGAGGCAACUUUUCGGCUUCGCUGUGUCCAGGAGGCUCUGGAAGUCAUCCAGUUGAAUAUCCGUUGGAUGGAGAAGAACCUCAAAACUCUGACGUGGUGGUUGUAGCAUGCACGACUGUGCCCCAUUUUGUUGCCCGUUCAGAGAGCUUGUUAACAGGGACUCUGCUGCUUUUGCAGAAAGCCAAGGUGAAGUCAGAAUUGCUUCCGACUCGUUUGCAGUCUUUAGGAGUUCUAGUUCGCUCAGGGCCCGUCUGUGGUUUUCAUCUGUCUUUCUCGGAUUGUCUUUGGGCAGCACGUAGUUAUUUAUUACAAAAUGACAUUCACCUGUAUGCCAACAUCUACAAAAACAGUGAGUAAUUUUUCUACUUUGAGGAUACACAAAUGGGGGGAAACGUCUGUUUUGGUUCUGUUCUGCUUCUCAGUAUCCGGAAAGUACUGACCCAGCGAAACAAGGGAAGAUCUACCGUGGGAGCCGGCCUCUGCGGCGCUGCUCUGCCGGCCUUGUUGCUGCCUGGUGAGAGAUGAUAGAUGUUCCUUGAGUGUGGUACAGAACAUAGCUUCAAAACCUAUGGUAACGCAGUCUGCGAAUCCCACAACUGUUAGAAAACUGAUCUCAGGUGUGCAGAUCUACUUUGGUUUGAGGUUUUGAUUAAUCUUUUAUUUUCCGAAACAAAGUUUAAAUAAGAUCUAUAGCUUCUAUUUUUUUUUUUUCCUGCCGAACAGCCAGGUGCUACAGAAUUUUUAAAUUUUUGUUGUUCUGAAAAGCUAAGUAACAAGGAUAAGAGAUUAAAUUUUCCAGAUAUCUAGUACUUAUUUUUUCACCUUUUAAGAAAAUGUUUCAAACUGAGCUAGCUUUAAUUAUAAUUAUUUUAUUUAUGAAUUCCAGUAUUCUCCGAAUCUGUACACCUUUAUCACUCCCUGCCAUAGAUAUAGCUUGUGUUAUAGAAGAAUAUGUCUACAUGUGUGGCAAGCAUUUUGUUAGUACUGUUGUCUUUUAUCAUGACUUUAUCACUGUUACUAAAAAUAAAAUUAGUUUAGGUUGCCUUUGAUGUUACCUGAUCAUAGACACUUGCUCUGUCAGUCAUACUCCUGUGUAGAUUUUCAUGUUCUAUGGUAGCAUAUAUUAGAAGCAUAUUUUAAAAUAGGGCCUUUGAGAAAUUGAACAUUUUUAUUUGAAGUUCACCAUAGUACCUUAAAGGAAUAAAGAGAAUAUGGGAUAGAAGGAACUUGAUUCAGAUUUAAUAUGGUGGGCUUUGAAUUUUUUCUACUAUCAAAACAGUACUUUUCUUUAGUUGAAAAAUCAGUGGGUUUUGUUUGUUUUGUUUUAUUUUGUUUCUAUCAUGGCCAAACUAACUGAUUAAAAGGAAUGGCCAAGGAAAGAAAGAAAGGGAAGAUUUCCGAAAUCGUAUGGCAUUUUCACUCCUUGUAAAGGAGAAAUACUGUACUUGAAUUUUUUGAGCUAUGCAGACUUAAUACCUAGAUUGUUGAGUUUCUUUGAUUCUUAGGGGAAAAGCUUUCUUCCUAAUAAUUUUUGAGUACUUAAUAUUUUGUUUGAAAACAUCUGUGUACAUAAAAAGGGUAGAUACCCAUUUGUGAGCACUUAAAACACUCCAGAGAAUCAAUGGGAAAGGUCACCUUUUUUUAAGUUAGCAGGUAUACAGUGAAAAUAUGUGGGAUUGUGUAUAAAAUUAUAUUUUAUUUUAUGGAAAUAUUUUUAUAUACUAAAAUUUAAAAUGCUGGCAAGCUAAAGGUAGCUUUCUUUAAUCCUAGUGUGUUUUUCCCCAAGUUAGUCUUUUCUAAACAUUUACCUCUGGUUCAGAGUACAAAAUAUUAUAUCCGGAGAAUUGCAGAAUCCUCAAGAUGUCUUAUGGAAACUGGGGUGAUUGUAGGUCUUUAUUCCUCUUGUGCUCAGCAGACGGAUAAUAGUUUAGUUGAUAUUGGAAGUUAGUGUGUUUUUAUAUUUUCAGAGUGGGGAAAAUACUAAACUUUUGAGGGGUUUUUUGGUUGCUGGUUUUUUACCAUGUUAUAUUACUGAAUUCCACUUUGAUACAGAGUUUAAAUUUUGCUACUUCUCAACAUCAGUUAAGAUUUUUCAGUUAUACCUGCCCAUCUUUACAUUGCUCCUGUAAUGUGUGUUAACUCUGCAUAUGGCAAAUCUUAUCUUGAAUUAUAUCAUUUUUCCUGAGUGUGUGUGUAUGUGUGUGUGUGGGCAGAGGGUAAUGUUUAAGUAAAUUCUUAUCAAAACAUGGGCUAAAAGAAGAGCUACCUUGUAAUCCAUUGCUUUCUUUGUACUCAAUCUGUUCAUUGCCAUAAUGCGGGAUCCCUGCUGGCUGUAGUUCUGUUUGUGGGCCUCCCCUAGAGUAGCCCUCACCUCACUGUUUCCCACAGAAUUCCAUAAUUUUUAAUGUCAAGCUAACCCAUCUCUAUGGCACUUCCAAAAACAACCCUUAGUCAGGAAUAUAAGGCUAUGAAAUAGGUAGAACAUGUGACAUAACAGGCAUAACUGUAGCUUUUGAAGUUUUAUGCCCCCACACUUUGACUUAGCCAUGGUGUCUCUGAGAACUCCCGUCUGUGCGCCUGUGGCUCGCCAGGCCUAGCGUGACGCGGUCAGGUGUUCAUGUUCAUUGCAGAUGGACGAGCUGCUUGAACGUAAUAGAAGACACCCAUUAUGCUGGAUGAUUAAGAAAGGUAAAGUUGGGAAUUUGGAAUUGUAGAAGAAAAACUUGUGCUUUGGAGAUGAAGUAGAAAUCUAAGGCAUCCAAGUUCUUUAUCAGCAAGAGAUUGGAUACAUUAAACUGCAGGUAGUGUCAGCUCCCACCCCCAGCGGCCGGCCGCCAUCUCAUCGUUUUCUAUAAAUCCCUGUAAGUGAAACUGUGUUGCCAUUGUGUGAGUGUUCCUGAACUUCCUUUCCAUCCCAGGUUCCGCUUAAUUCUCUUUGCCAUUCAUGUUUUCAUUUUAUUGUACUUGAGCCUCCGUAGGAACAAAAGAGCUGUCAGAGGAGUUCUGGGUAUAUAGAGGCUCUGGGGCUGCGUCAGUCUCCCUGGGGACCGAACAGAGUCCUUUCUGAAUACUGGAAAGUAAGAAAUGAAAGUUAAGUGUUGAAUUUGUCAGAUUACUGGUAGCCUGUUACUGAGUUGUAUUGUAAAAGCCAGUGCAAACUAAAGCACCUGGGCCCAUAAUGUGUGGUCGGAUUGCUGAGUUUUAAUGUCACCCCCUUUCAUUUCAUGGGGCUGCAGAGAAGGCGUAGGAGUUCAGGACAUGUAUCUCGCCGAGGACAGCGUUUCCUGGGUGGAGUUUGCAAAAUGAGAUCUGAAUUCCAUAGGUCUGAUAGAGCUCUUUUUCUCCCCUUUGCCUUUGUCAUUUGGUUUUUACUGCAAUGAAUUCUCUUUCUAAAGGGCUUCUUCU